CAGGCCAUGGGCCUAUUUCUUCAGUGCCGACACUUCUAUUCUAUUCUAAUGGCAAAAAAGCCCCACGUGCCCAAAUUUCAUCAUCCAUUCAAUCCAGUCGUUAUUAUAUAUCCUCAAAGCCGAUCUAUUUUUGUCGGUCUGUAAAAUUUUAAUACUUAAAAUCGUUGAAUUUGCAAUCGUCUUAUGCAUUGAGUUUUUUUUUACUAUUAUAUAUAACAGAGUGUUGCUUUGAAUCUAUCAAAGGAUCGAGCGCUCCUAUCGUGCAUUUAAUUUUAAAUCAUGAACAGAUUUGAAUAAUUCACAUUAACGUCAAAUGGAGCCAAAUAACAAGUCGAAUUCAGCCUAAAAUUAAAUGGUAGCAUGAAUUCCUUUGCCGUAUAUUGUCGGGAACAGAAAUGAGACGUGCAAAGUCUACCGCCGUGCGAGUGUAGGCAAUAGUUCGUCUUAGGUCGAGACGGUCAGUGUCAGUCGCACCUGUGCAGGCAUUAAGAGAGGGUCAGCGACGUUUGCCCACAAGAAAUCGGUUGCUCUUCAGAAAAGACAGAAGAAAUCUCCAGAGAUAUUCUAAAUUUUAAUGAAUUUGAGACUUUUCAAGCUUGCAAAUACUCAGUAAUCUUCCACUUUAUAAGAAAAUGGCAAUGCGUCCAGCUUUCCCGGCGUUGCUCCUGUUGUCAACUUUGGCACUUGGGACUUCAAGCGGCCAGCCUCUCGAGUCCGUCGACCUCAUGUCCCUGAUUUCUCUGGUGGCUCCGCGUUACUCCCGAGCUUCCCCUGCACACUUCCACACACAACCUCUGAACCUCAGCUACACGACACUGACCGUGCCUGUCGUGCACACGGUCACUGCCGUGCACUAUCACACGUGCACUGCCGUGCGCCCCGGCACGCCGCCAUGCGCACAGUCUCAUGGUCCUCUCGUCGUCACAGCCACGUCCAUGGAAAUUGGUUCGGCCAUCGUUACUCCACUAAUGUCGUCCGUACCGGCACAGGCAGUGACCGGUGUCCAAGAAACUUCAAACUUCAUUCAAAAGCCCUUAAAACUGAUACAGUCUCUAAAUGAAAACAGCGACGUAGUCGAAGAUCAUCACGCCGAAGCUGUGAAUGAUGUCCAGCUACAGCAACUUGAGGAAAACAAUGAAGAUGCGCAAGAUAAGAGUAUUUCAGGGAACACAGAAGCCGUAAACCAAGCAUCCCGCACCGCUCGCUUGUUCUCCGGACUUUCCAUGAUCGUUUUGACAAGGUCCGUGUUUGAAACUCAGACAUCCACGGUUACUGUCACGGACAGCCUUACUACUGUGGCGAUCACAUACGGAGGUUGUGUGCCCUCUGAUGCGUUCAGCACUGUCACUUGCCAACCUUAAUUAAGCUUUAUUAAUAUAACCAUUAUUAUUAAAGAUCAAUAUUAGGAGCUGGGCACAAGGCAUUCAUUGUGGGUUAUAAUUAUUAUAAAGUCAGUUUAUAGGUGUUAUGUAUUCUUCUCUCGUUAUUUAUAAAGCAAGUUACCUCAGGGCAUAUUGUAUACAUAAAGAGAACAAUUGAUUUAAAUUUUAAAAAUGUACACUACACGUAACGCCAACUCACCACUUCAAUGAUUAAAGUUUUGAUGGUAUAUUGUAUCUGUAAUUGGAAGAUAUGAGUACAUUAACUAAUCAGCUGUUCGAGUUAAACAUACGUAAUAUGUACGACCCGGGAGACAUUUGAUUGUUUAGUUGCGAAACGAUUGACUUGUUUUAUACAGAAUUAUAAGAUAAAAUAUUGCGCCGAACUUGUGUUAAUGUACGCGUUAAAAUAUUAAAAUACUCCAAAAUAAAUACACUAUAAAUACGA